UUGAAACCAACUCAAUCCUCCAAAAUCCUCCCCCUUCAUUCUUUUUGUUCUUUGCUUAGCUUCAAAGACUGAAGAUCUUGUUGUGCAAAAACUAAACUUUAAAACUUUUGAUCAGUUCCAAUGGCGGAGAUGGACUUGUACACCACCGUCAAGAACAACAUGCCAACCAAGGCAACAACAAAAAUCUACAACCACUUCUUGUACAAAGCUGUCUUCCUAUCUAUAUUAUUCCUGUUGGUCCUUCCAUUAUUCCCUUGGCAGGCCAACCCUGAUUCCGAGAAAACAAACACCACAAGUUCUUCAAGUUGGGAGCUUCUGCAACUUGUGUUUGUUGGAAUCGCGGUUUCUUACGGAGUUUUCAGCAAGCUGAACGAUGAAGCAUCCCCUAAGUGUGAGAAAGAAGAAGAAGAGGGGUCAUCGACUCAUACUUAUGUGGCCAGAUUGCUUCAAGCAUCUUCAGUGGUGUUUGAUGAUGAUGAUGAUGAUUUGGCACGCGGGCAUAGGUCUCAUGAGAAGGAUAGUAGCAAGCAGGUGAUUCAGACCUGGAAUUCUCAGUAUUAUAGAGGUGAACCGCCCAUUGUAGUUGUCGCCAAAGAGUCAUCAUCCAACGGUAAUCCUCCUCCCCUGCUUUUGCCUGUUCGCAAUUUAAAACACAAAGCUUCUGCAUCAUCAUCAUCAUCAUCCAUGAUCUAUGAUGAUUCCAAGCCGCUGAAUAAUAGUUCUCCUUCCAACUCUUUGAGACGGUUUUCAUCUUCUAGAAGCAGAAGCAGAAGCAAAUUAAGCGGGGAGGGAGAAGAGGAGAAUACAGUUUUACGGUCGCCCAUACCAUGGAGAUCAAGAUCAGGGAGGAUGAUGACGGGCAUCGAAUCACCUUUAUCUAAGUCUUCUUCAAACCCAUUAUCAUCCUCGCUAAUUCAAUCCCGAGAAGAACAUGACGUUGGCCCAAAAAACAAGUCACCAGUUCCUCCUCGUCCUCCACCACCCCCUCCCCCACCACCACCGCCACCACACAGCAGAAGAAUCAAUACAUAUUAUCCGCGUAAGGAACUUAGAAGAAAUAUCCCGAAGUAUGAGGAUUCUAAUAACAGGGAUGGUAGUAGUAGUGGUAAUAGAAGAGGGGCAAUCAGGACUCAAACUGAUACCUCAUCGGGUGCAAAGUUUUUCACAUCAGGAUAUUUAUCACAAGACAGAGAAAUCCAAAGCUUCAUAGAAAGAAGAGGGAGCAAGAAACAAUUCUUCAUCAAUGAUGAUGGAGAUGAUGAUCAUGAUCAUGAGGAAAAACCUCAAAAAUUUACUGAGAACCCAAAAGAAAUUUUCAGGGAAACGGCAUCAAAAGAUUCAGAUGAUGAAAGCGAGGUGGAGGAGCAUGAAGAAGAGGAAGAAGAAGAAGAGCUUCAAGAACUUGCUUCAAAAAAGAACGUCGAGUCAAUAAUGGAUAACGUUGGUCCAGAUGUGGAUAAGAAAGCUGAUGAAUUCAUAGCCAAAUUCAGAGAGCAGAUUAGACUACAGAGAAUAGCUUCAAUUAGAACAUCAACUGCACUACUUAAACCUACUAAAAAUGUUCCAUAACAAUAAUAGACCCUCACCCAGAUUACUAAAUAUCAUUAUAUAAUUUUCUUUUUCUUAAAAUCAUUCAUUAUCUUCAUAUGUGCUCCAUUGGAGAGUUCUUUAUGUCUUUUUGAUUGGUACGUGGACUUAUUCAUCACGUCACAUGAAUGAUAUAAACUGUAUGCUACUCCCUAAUGUAAUAUUUUCUCCAUUUCACUCCCUUUGGUUAUCAUGCCAGCUUUUCAGGCUUUAACUAUCGGGAUCAUUUUUUUAAGUUCCAAACGAGAAGAAAGAAAAGGAUUACGGA